GUACUUCAACUUUUUGACUGAAAGAUAGAAAAAAAUGAUAUGAUUCAACCUCAAACCUAUUUAAAUGUAGCCGAUAAUAGCGGAGCCCGCGAAUUGAUGUGUAUUCGAAUCAUAGGAGCUAGUAAUCGACGGUAUGCUUAUAUUGGUGACAUUGUUGUUGCUGUAAUAAAAAAAGCAGUACCAAAUUCAUCUUUAGAAAGAUCUGAAGUGAUCAGGGCGACGACCAUGGCGGACGGCUACGCAGGGAUGCGUAAUUAUUCCUGGGGAGCUAUGACCCUCGCCUACCUAUACGGCGAGUUGGCGGAUGCAUGUAGGCCUGGACACAGAGCGCUUGGGGGGAGCGUGACACUGCUCACUGCAUGGUUUUUGGCGCAUUUUUCAGGGUUUUUCAGUGUUGAUCUCAACACUGACUACCUGGAAAACUAUCCGGUUGCAGCGAGGUGGAAGCUCCAGAAGGGUCAUGGGGAGGGGAUCACGUAUCGGUCACUGCUCGAUCGUAUACAGUUAGAUGAUGUAUGCUGGAGGCCGUACGAGGAGCACAGAGAGAUCCAGGACUUCGAGGAGGUUUUCUGGUAUUCUGGAUGGAUUAUGUGCGGCGUCCGUAGGGUGUACCGUCACUUGCCCGAGAGGGUUUUGAGGCAGUACGGAUACGUGCAGACCAUCCCCAGACAUCCGACUGAUGUUAGGGACCUCCCCCCGCCUUCCAUUGUGCAGAUGUUCGUCGACUUCCGCACUCACACGCUUAAGACGGACGCUCGGGGUGAGCAGGCAGGAGAGGAUACAUGGCGGGUGGCGGAUGGCUAUGUCCUGUGGUACACUAGGGUGUCUCACCCUCAGAUCUUGCCACCUAUUCCAGGAGAUCUUCCGAGGCCUGCAAAUGAAGAGCAGAUCAUUGCAGAGCAGUGGCAGCGGUAUGAGGCGAGAAGCUCGCCUGACACCUAUGACAUGGUUAGUGGCGCUAUUGCAUACGCUGAUGCGCAGUUAGGCCAGGAGGAGGUCAUGAGCAUGACCCCUCAGCAGUGGUAUGAGGCCAUGACCCAUAUGAGGGAGCAGAUCGCGCCGAUUUUGACCAGGAGGAGAGCCCAGAGGCCGAGGAGGAGGCACCAUCAUCAGGAUCAAGACCAGGACCAGUAG